AUGCAAGGCACGCGCGCGCAUCGCACCGGGCGCGUGCGCACAUUGCGCGCCGCAGCCACAGCCCUGGAAAGCUCCCGCCGGUGGAGCUACGGGGCCUGGCAAGCCUACUUUGACCUUUGCAUCCCGAAGACUGGGAUUAAGACAACGUUCCUGCUACACGGCAACGGAGGCAGAGAAGAGAUGUCUGGGUCGAGAGACUUACAUAGGCAGAAGCGGCAAGCUGCCUCAUCUGUAGAAUACACCGUUGCCGUUGAGAUACAUUUUGCGGAUUCUUCACUCCAGAAUACCAUCAAAAGUUACCUAAACAAUCUUAGUUUUUCACUAAAUGACUCUGAUCCAACUGAAAAGAUUUCAAGUAUUCAGGUUACCACAGUGUGCAAUUCAACAGGUAAUAACGGCACUCGCUGUUGUUGUGAAGAUGGGUAUGGGUGGGCCAGUAAGGUAUGCAAUCCUCCAGCCUGCCCAAAUAUCACUGCAGCAGCAGAAGAGCACCGCGACUGUAUCACACAGCUACCUUCUCAAGGACUGUAUUGCCAGAGAUUGCCCACAGAUAGUGGAGAUACCUACAUAACAAAAAUGGACGUCCGGCUCAAAAUACCCUUUCAGGAGGCCCUCAAGGAUCCAUCCUCAAAUCUGUAUAAGCAAUACACAAGAGAUUUGGAUCGUGCAUUUACUGUGGGCUACGGAACUUUACAAGACUUCAUAAGUGCAAAAGUUACAGAGUACAAGAAUGGAAGCACUGUGGUCGAUUAUGAGGUAACAUCCGCAAGGGCUAUACUAGUGGAAAAUGCAAAUGCAAAAGUGGCCGAAGCCUUAAAUAGCUCCUACAAUUUAGAUCCUGCCUCGUUUAGGGCCUAUUCUGUGGAAGUCUACGGUGGAACAAACAUCUCCAUUUCGCCCAAACCAGUUUUCAAGGGGGACACUGUCACCAUGAGGUGUGAGUCGAGAUCGAAUUCAAACAACGUGACCUGGUCUUUUGGGGAAAGUAACAUCAUCAACGGCAGCAGGCACUACAUAACAAGUGCUCAUUCAGAUGGAAAGUCAAUAUCGGUGCUGAAAAUCCAAAACAUUACGCUGGAUGAUUCUGGCAGUUAUAGUUGCGCUUUUACUGAUUGGGAUACCUCGCCGACCACCUUGCACGUAGCGAGGAGUAACAUCACCGUUUCUUUAAUCCAAAUUGUGAAGUCCGAGGACAUCGUGAUGGAGUGCAACGGUGAAAGCAGAGAGCUGAGCUGCUGUGUUGACAUGGAAAUUAGUUUCUUCGACGUCCACUGGAAACCGAAUGGAGCCAUCAAUAUUUCAGGAACCAACUAUUCCACAUACAACUGCACUCACUACUUGCUGCGGGCUAAUAAAUCUGAGUGCCCAGCAGACAAGUCAGGGACCACCACCACUUAUACUUGUGAACUGAGCACAGCAGAUGGCGCCCGCAAAUGUGAACACAUCACUGUGAAGUAUUUGCGAAAAGCAAACGUGACCCUUGUAUCAAGCGCAAAUGGCCAGGUUUCUCAGGGGCAUAAUUUCUCCCUGAGCUGCCGGAGCGAUGUCAGCAAUUAUGACAGAGUCAGCUGGGAAAUCCAAAAUGGAAACCUUUUUCCAAAUAUCGACAGCAGGUGGUACAAGACCCAAAAGACCCCAAACGGAGCAGAGUCUGAGUUGGAAGUACCCAGGGCUACCCAGAACUGGACCGGCACCUAUACAUGUACCUUCUUUCAAGCAUUUCUGAACAGCUCUGCGCGUCUAACAAUGAAAGUGUUCCCUCUGCCUCUGCAACAAAACAUCAUCAGAGAUCCCAUCGAAGCCACUGUCCCUUGCCCAGGGACACAAGUGCUGAAGUGCUGCAUACCCAAAGACCCCAUGGAGAAUUACACCGUGGCAUUCAAGGUUGGAAACACCCCUGUCAUUGAUCGUGAAAACACCAUAGCAUGUAACCGCACAGACAUAGGUGUUGGAGAGAAUGGAAUAGAGGUUGUGAAACCUUGUCCGGAGAGGGACAGUUCCGUCCGAGGAAACAUCACUUACAAGUGUGAGAAGCACACCUGGGUCGUUCAUCGAAACAGCUGCCUGUCUGUCCCAGUAAACAAUCUUGUAAAUAAUGCCGAGUCCUUGGUGUCCAGCCCCGCACCCAGUCAGGAACUGCCCGCAUACCUGGAAAAGCUGAACAACACCGUCAAGACGGAACAGAAAGAUAUAAGCAAUUCGUCAGCAGAUCUGGAAGCUGUGGUUGGCAUUUUGAAUACGAUUUCAGUUAUACCUGUAGAGGCAAAGAAGGAAAUAGUGGAAAAUUUUUUAUCCACAGUUGAUACUGUCAUCAAUGCUCCAACAGACACUUGGAGCCCCAUUCAGAACGGGACCUCUCAAUUACUGGAUUCGGUGGAGCAAUUUUCGAAUUCCCUCAUGGCUGUAAACAACACCAUUCCUUCUGUCAGCCUGGAUAACAUUCAGCUCCAAGGCGUUGUCCUGGACAACACCAGUGUUUCAGACUAUGACAAGAAUUUUAUGUUCUCCAGCUCCAACCUCAGUGGCAAUGUGCUAAUCGACAAAGAGCAAAUAAAAAAAGGGGAACUCUUUCAGUCCACCAUCAUUAGUGUGGCUUACUCCGAUCUCAGCCAUAUUAUCCCGCAGCACGAGCAGACCAAAGAAUUAAUAAAUGGCUUAGUGAUCUCAACAGUAGUGAAGGCGAACAAAAGCGAGCCCUUCCAGAUCCAGAUGACAUUUGCAAAGAUGAACGAGUCGUUGAUAAAACCUCGGUGCGUCUUUUGGAAUUUCAAUUUCUCGGGGGACCGAGGCGACUGGGACUCCUCUGGCUGCAAAAGCACCAAUAACGAAGAGAACGUCAGUUGCUCCUGUGACCACUUGACCUCCUUUUCUAUGCUGAUGUCUCCUGCGGGACGUGCAGACUAUGACGAAAGCCAGUGGCAGGCCCUGAGUUACAUCACUUACAUAGGCGUGGGCGUUUCCAUAUUGAGCCUGGUGGUCUGCAUUGUCAUUGAAGCUCUCGUAUGGAAAUCCGUGACCAAAACGAGAAUAUCCUACAUGCGCCACGUCUGUAUCCUGAACGUUGCGAUUUCUCUCCUGCUUGCAGACAUCUGGUUCGUUGUGAUUGCAGCAAGAGAGGAGGAUGGAAUGGAAACGAAUAUCUGCACAGCAGCCACCUUUUUCGUCCACUUCUUCUACCUUUGUGUGUUCUUUUGGAUGCUUUCCUUGAGCCUCAUGCUCUUCUACCACUUGGUCUUCAUUUUACACAACACCAGCCAAACCAUCAUGAAAGCCGUCGCCUUCUGCUUGGGUUACGGUUGCCCUCUGGUUAUCUCCGCUAUCACCAUAGCUGUUACUUUGCCGCAGGACUCUUACAAAAGAGGAGACGUCUGCUUCCUUAACUGGGACAAGAGCUAUGCUCUCUUGGCACUGGUUGUUCCCGCCCUGGUCAUUGUUGCUAUUAAUGUUGUGAUUACCAUUGUGGUCAUAGCAAAAAUACCGAUACGUUCCAUUGGGGAAAGGCCAAGAAACGACGAAAGGAGCUCAAUAUAUCGGAUCACCAAGAGUAUUGGCGUUCUGACACCACUCUUAGGACUUACCUGGGGAUUCGGCUUAGUUACCAUUUUCAAGCAAAGCUCAAUAGUGUUCCAUAUUAUAUUUAACGUGUUCAAUGCCUUUCAGGGAUUAUUCAUUCUGUUGUUUGGAAUUCUCUGGGACAGAAAGGUACGAGAAGCCUUAGUGAAGAAGUGUUCACUGCCCAGAUGGAGUUCGCAAACCUCAAAGUCAUCAUCCCAGGGCCUUUCGGCUCCCAUGAUCUCUAUCAGUUCUCCCUUCUCCAGAGCAUUCAACUGCAUGUUUGGCAAAGCAGGAAAAUAUCAAGUUUCUACAGAAUCGGCCUCUUCGUCUUCGGAAAACACGUCCAAAGAGUAUUCUUUGCUGACCUGA